AAUAACUUCCGGUUUGUGUGAAGGUUGGAAAAGGUGAAUUUUGUUUUUGUAUAAGUUCCAAUUACUUUGUGACAUCAUGGGGCAUGGCAACAAUAUUGUCAUUCCUGACUGGCGGGAGUAUAAAAUUGAUGGAAUAAAGGAGCUGGAGAAUUUACAGAAAGCGUUACAAUCGCAAGGUUUAAAGGAUCCAUGGAUCAGGAAUGAAGUUUGGCGCUACCAUCCACAGACGUACAUCGGUCCAGGCCGAGCCGGACUUUACAGCAUCUUCAAAGGCUUCAAGUGGGCAGUCGCAGCCAUGGUGUUGACAGUUGGGGCAGAGAAACUUCUAUUUAACAAACAGUCGGACACUCACCAUACAACUGAGGAGGAAUGAUAAGAAAUUUGUGACAUUAUUACGUACUCAUAGGCUGUUGUUUUUCUUUAGAAGGAUUCCGUGAAACCUGUCGAUUCGUGUCAUUUUGAAACAUUCUGAUGAUCAAUGUGUGUGGAAAGAGUUUUUACUGUAAUGUUUACUUCAAGAAGAGCUCGUGUCCUUCGACUGAAUAUUUCAUCGGGACGAAAACAUCUUAAUGUCAAAUGACACGAUUAAUGUUUGUAACUUUGAAAAAGUAAUUUACGUGACUUGCA